AUGCUCCAAACCCUAAGGAAAGCCAGAGCCAUUAUCUCCACACCAUUUCAUUUCAGUGUUAAAUCCCCAUUUUUCCAAAAAGCCCUUUUUACUACAUCAUCUUCCCUCGCUGUAAUUCAAAAUCCCAUCAAAAUAGUCACCAAAGCAGACCUCAAUUCAUUGGUACUCGCCCACUACCGCCAUGGCAAGUUCUACGGCCUCCUUCAGAACGUUGUCGCUUCGCCUUCAGUCCUCCUCACAGCUUGCCACAAUCUCAGGCCGUCCGGUUCCGGUUCCGACGAGCCACUCACUCUUGAUUCAGUCUCGGCGGAGUUUUUCUCCCUUGAUGAACUCUCUUCCCAGCUUAAUACAAACGGGUUCGAUGUUGAUUCUUGCUGCUAUACUAUCCCACCUUCGACCCUCAAAGGUAAAUCCCUUGUUCUUCCCAAUUUGAAGCUCAAAGUAGUCAUUGAAGCUAUUAGGAUGGUUCUUGAGACUGUAUAUGAUGAUAGAUUCGUUACAUUCUGUUACGGUGGUCGUGUGAACAUGGGACGGCAUACCGCGAUUCGGUAUUUGAAGAAUUCUGUGGAGAAUCCUUCGUGGUGGUUUACGGUUUCGUUUAAUUCUGGCGAAAUUUUUGCUACCAAACAUGUUGACAAGUUGUGUAUGAUUAUAGGAGAUAAAGUAAUAGAUGAACCUCUUAUUUGUAUGAUCAAAGGAUUGUUUAACUCAGGGGCAGUUAGGAUUGAGUUGGGAGGUUCCUAUUUGGGCAAAGGAUUUCCUCAAGAGUGUGCGUUAAGCUCGAUUUUAAUAAACAUUUACUUCAACAGUUUGGAUAAGGGAAUUCAAGAAUUCCGUCUCCAAACCAACAGGGAGAAUCCAAAGUUUGGGCCCAGUGAGCUUGUUGCUGAAUCAGCUGAUAAUGUUCGCUAUAAGCCAUUGAAGAUUUAUGCUGUUCGAUAUUUGGAUGAAAUGCUUCUAAUUACAUCUGGGACCAAAAUGUUGGCUAUGGAUUUCAAGAGUUGGGUUGUUAAGUAUUUGGAGGAUAAUUUGGAAUUGCAGGUUGAUAAGGCUAAAACUGUAAUUCAUAGUGCUUUCUCUGAGAAGAUUGAUUUCUUGGGAAUGGAACUUCAGGCUGUUACUCCUUCGAUUUUGCACCCUGUUCCUUCUGAAAAGGCCAUUCGGGCACGGAAGAAGUACCUUAGGCAGAAAGAAGUCAGACUACAGGAGUUAAGAAAUGCGAGAGAGACUAACAGGAAGAAGUUGGGUUUGAAAAUAAUGCGCCAUGUUUUAAAGAGGUUAAAGCGAUUUGAUGACGUCGAAUUUGAUUUUCAGAUAGAGGAUGAAGUAAAUCAGAUUUUUAGAACAUGGGGAGAUGAAGUGGUGCGAGGAUAUCUGGCAUCUGUGGAUGCACGAUGGGAAUGGCACCGGAUGUUGACGGGUGGUAAUUUUCUUUCCUUGAAAAAGAUUAGAGAUCAAUUGCCUCAAGAACUUGUAGAUUCUUACGACAAAUUUCAAGAGCAAGUUGACAAAUACUUGAAUCCUGUUAAAGCGAAGAAGGCAUUGGAGGAGAAAGAGAGAAGAGCCGAGGAAGAACAUGAACAAAGGUAUGCUGAAAGAACAUUCAAGGAUUUGACAACAUUACGCAUUAAAGUUGAUGCUCCAAUGGAACACAUCAAGAAAGCCGUCAAGAUGAUUGGAUUUACCAACCAUAUGGGUCGUCCUAGGCCAAUUAGUUUGCUCAUGGCUCUUGAAGAUAGUGAUAUUAUCAAGUGGUAUGCUGGUAUUGGAAAAAGAUGGCUUGAUUACUUUUGCUGCUGUCACAAUUUCAAGACGUUAAAAGUUGCUGUAACCUAUCAUCUGAGAUUCUCAUGUAUCUUGACAUUGUCAGAGAAGCACGAAUCUACCAAGCGUGAGGCAAUGAGGCAUUACACAAAGGAUUUGAAAGUGUGUAACUUGAAUGGAACGGAAGAGUUCUACUUUCCAACAGAAAGAGAAGUAAAUAUGAUGGGUGAUAAAAACCUCUCUGAUCCCUUGCCCGUUGACGGGUCUUUAAUGACAGCUCUAAUCAGAUUGGCCUCAAAUGAGCAUUGUUAUCGCUGUGCUGCUCAUUUCUGUGAUAGAAGAGACACAAUUGUUUAUAGAGUUCGGUUAUUGUAUAAUGACAACUGCAGUGAGAUACGAUUGGAUCAAAGAAAGGGGAUUCCAGGGAUUGGCUUACUUCAUGAUUGUUUCAAUAGGAAAUGUGUACCCCUUUGUUCUGAUCAUGUAAGUGAAUUUUACAUGGGCAGACUAACAUUCCAAGACAUAGAUUGUGUAUCUAUUUUUGACGGUUAA